CCGUGAACGCAUCAUCACUUCCUUUCUCCUCCAAGCCGCGCCUCCUUUCUCUUGGUGGGACUGGAGGCUGCCAAACAGAGGGAGGACAGCCUCUCCGUAGAAAAAAAAAACAUGUGAAGAGGGGGGGUAUAUUAAAGAGACGUGUGGAGCGUAAAACUUGCCAGAGUGAUAACUUUUUGGUCGCUCUCACCAACUCGUGGGUCGGCGUUUUUUUUUUCUCGGCUUCGCCGGUGAAGCGAAUGGACAGAGGAGCAGGACACUCUCACCAACGGCAGAGCUCCCCGUCCGCCCGGCCGCUCACAUUGUGUCUGCGUCCGUCCGUCAGCCGUAGGGGGUGGAAGAGGACUCACCGGGUGAGCCGCUGAACUCAAAGUAAGCAGAGACGUGUACCAUGCCGACAAGUGAUGGUCCCGGCCGCUUCCCCGUCUUUGUGGCUCCGUCUCACAGCACCCCCCAGCGGUGUCCAGGCUACGUUCCCGGGCGGGUGGCCCCCGUCCGCUCCCCUCCACCGGCCAAAGCUCCUCCGCCACCGCCGUUAAAGCCUCGCGGCCCGGAGCGGCCGCAGCAGACGGCCCCCAGCCUGCAGGCGGAGACUCGCCACAGGGAGCUCGCUCAGAGACUCCAGCAAAGAAAGAACACCAUUAUCUGCUGUGGAGUGUCGCUGUGUGCCCUCCUGCUUACGCUGAUCCUCGUACUCAGUCUCAAAAGUGGACAAGAGUUAGAUGAGAAUUGUCCAGACCACAGCCCAUCCCUUAGUAGCUGGAAUCCAGGUCACCAGCUAGAUAAGGCGGUUGUUGUCAGGAGGGGGCAUUUGUUUAGGCUGGAGUCUUCCUCUACUUUCUUUUCACUCACCAUCAAAUCAGGAGGUCGGGUUGUUUUUGCCGACAACGCUGACGGCUCCAAAAACAUAACGCUGAGAACGCACCAUAUUCUAAUUGAGGACGGGGGUGCCCUGCACAUCGGUGCGCCCAGAUGCCGCUAUCGAUCCCGCGCCACCAUCGCCCUGAUGGGCCGCGCCGACAGCAAGGCGCUCUCGGACGUCCCAGGCCUCGGCCGCAAGUUCAUCGGGGUUCUGGGUGGAGGGACCCUGGAGCUCCACGGCACAGAGAGGGUUUCCUGGUCGCUGCUGACCCAAAGCAUCCCGGCGUCUGGGCUGGCCUCGGGGGGAUACGCCUUCCAGAGGAACUUCAGCCGGGGCAUCAACCUGCGCCUGGUGGAUCAGGACACGGGCGCCGUGCUGUUCUCCGAGCGCUACGACACACACGAGUCCCGCAACGACAGCCGGCGGCUCACUCAGCUCCUUCGCUCGCUGCCGGCGGGCCGCAUUGUCACGCUGGCCGUGGGAGACUCCGCGGUCAAAAGUUUUCUGGACGAAACCAAGAAGGCCUUUGAGGAGGUCCUCGGUAGCAGAUAUGCCCAUGACCUCAAGUACAGACAAGCGUGGGCGUUGGUCUCUGUGGUUGGCGGCGGUAACGGAUCGUGCUCAGAGGAUGUGAGGGAGCAUGAAAACCUGGACACGGGAGGGAGAGCUCUGGCAAGACGCAACUUCACCACGGUGGACGGAGUGGGCUUCUCAGUCACAGCCUACAGCGAGUGGAGGAAUGGCUACCCCAUUAUGGGCUUCCAAGUGGAUGCUGUGGACCAGGUGGUGCUUAACCUGCAGGAUGAAGUGCAGGAGAGCUGGCAGCCUGGAGAUAACAUUGUAGUUGCCAGCACUGACUACUCCAUGCAUCAGGCUGAAGAGUUUACCCUGCUGCCCUGCUCCCAGUGCACCAGCAGACAAGUCAGGAUACAAGGGAAGCCUCUGUACAACCAUGUCGGGGAGGUACUUGAUGGAGUGGACAUGCGUGCUGAAGUGGGUCUGCUCUCCAGAAACAUUCUCAUCUACGGAGAAAUGGAAAGCUCCUGCUACGGAAACAUGUGCCAGUUCUUUGGCCACGACACUUUUGGAGGCCACAUUAAGGUCUUUAAUAACUUCUCAUCAGUGCAUCUAUCCCACGUGGAGUUGAAGAACCUGGGUCAACAAAGAGAAAAAGGCAGGUACCCCCUCCACUUUCACAUGUGUGGCGAUGUCGACCGGAGGGGAGGCUACUUGGAACCCACCUAUGUGGACGGACUGUCCAUACACCACUCCUUCUCCCGCUGCCUCACCAUACAUGCCACUAAUGGGCUGCUGGUGAAAAACACUAUAGGUUACGACACAUUGGGCCACUGUUUUUUCCUCGAGGAUGGGAUCGAACAGCGGAACACCUUGUACCACAACCUUGGCUUGCUGACUCGGCCAGGGACGCUGUUGCCAACCGACCGCAAUGAGACUCUGUGCACUACCAUCAAGGACAAAGUCUACACCGGCCACACUCCUUCACCAAGCACUGAGUGCAAGGCGGUCUCAACAUUUUGGAUUGCCAACCCCAACAACAACCUCAUCAGCAAUGCAGCUGCUGGUUCUCAGGAUGCUGGGAUAUGGUUUGUGUUCCACAGUUCAUCCACCGGAGACUCUCAUGGGUUGGUACCAGAAACCAAGGCAGAGCUCACGCCUCUUGGAAUUUUUUACAACAACCGUGUGCAUUCUAACUUUAAGGCCGGGCUGUUCAUUGAUAAAGGAGUGAAAACUACCAACGCCAGUGCGGCCGAUCCCCGUGAAUACCUCUGUCUAGACAACAGUGCCAGAUUCCGACCCCACCAGAACGCUGACCCCAGUCGUCCUCGGGUGGCAGCAGUCAUCGACAAUCUCAUCUCGUUCAAGAACAAUGACCUAGGAGCAUGGAUACGGGGUGGAGACAUCAUCAUCCAGAACUCUGGCUUUGCUGACAAUGGAGUCGGACUCUCUUUUGCCAGUGAUGGCAGCUACCCUAAGGAUGAGGGUUCCAGCCAGGAAGUGAGGCAGUCAUUGUUUGUGGGGGAAAGCCAGAACAGAGGAACCAAUGGUGGACAGAAUAAGUACUGGGGAAUUGGAGGGGCUGAUGGAAAGAUGAGGACUCUGCCUAGAAACCGGACAUUUCCAAUAAGAGGUUUCCAGAUAUACGACGGCCCAGUGCGGCUUAUGCAGAGCACAUUUCGCGGAUUCAUCCCCACACCAGAGCGUUACACCAGCGCAGUGGGAUUCAACUUGAAGAACACGUGGCAGCUGACCCCACGAAACAACCUGUCCCAGCUCACCUUCCACCCCACUGUGGCUCUCCGAGCCUUCUUCGGCCGUCCAGGACAGUGGUUUGAAGACAAUGACCUGGAUGGUGAUAAGAACUCCAUCUUUCACGAUGUCGACGGGUCAGUCGCAGGUUAUAGCGACACAUACAUCGGCAGACCAGACAAUUACCUGAUCCAACAUCCUGGCUGUGUGAAAUUGCCUCCGUGGAAUGGAGUGACCUGCAGUGGCCGUUACUCCCAGGUACAGCACAUCAGGUUAUGUGCAACACCAUUGUUCCCUGUGCAUUCCCCUGACCCUUACAGCCCACAUCCCUCUGUGGUGCAGGUGUACAUCCAGACUCAGGCAGCACCUAGCCUCAGCUUGUCCAUCAUCAGAGACGAGUACCCCGAUGCUCCUCUGGUCCUGCGGGGCAUCAACAGCCAGGGAGCGUCAUCUCAGCAGUACCAGCCCAUCCUGAUGAUGAGCAAGAGUUACACUCUGCACUGGAGUGGGCCUGCACCCAGAGAGGUUGUCAUGUCUCUGAUCAACUUUGAUGAGGAUGACUGGGCACUGGUGGGUCUCUGUUACCCAUCAGACACCACAUUUCAAAUCAUGGCCGACAUCUACGACAGGCAAAAAAACACCUUCGAUGACAUCACAGACUACGGCACCGCACAGUCUCUUGAACAGCUGCAGAGAAAACCGCUGGAAAGGAAAUACUACUUUGAUCAAUCUGUGGGGUUGUUGUGGCUCUACCUACGGGCCCGACAUGGCCGCGACGGCCACAGCUACUGUUCAACAAAAGGUUGUGAAAGAGUAAAAAUCACGGCCACCACAUCGUCCAAACAGACCUGUAACUGCACAGCUAAGGCCUACCCCAAAUAUUCCAAGACUCCCUCUGCUGUGGUGCCUAUGCCGCCUCUAAACAAACAGCCAUGCAAAGACUGUGGCACUCAGCAGCUUGUGUUUUCCAGUGAGCCAUGGUCCUCCUACCUCCAGACUCAAGUAAAGUCUCUGAGCCCUAAAGAGCAGCAGAGGGGAGAAAACACCUCCUUUAUUACUGUAAAUGAGGUGACCAUGCCCUUCUUCCAGCCUGGGUUUUUCCUGGUUUCCGUGGAUGGCUGUUCUGGGAAAGUCACCAAGAAAACCUCAUUUUCAAAGAUGGAUGCUAAGAUGGAACAGUAUCUAAAAACCGGAAUACCAAAGCGGUCAGUCGUGCUCAUGGCAACAAGAGGCCAGCCCACUGGUCUGGUGGACCUGGCUCCACAUCUGGUUUCCUUUGGCUUGGCAAAAUCUGCUGAUCUGCAUAGUAAAGACAGUCUGGCCCUCUGGGGGUUCCGAGGAGGUGCUUCUCCGCCUUCUUGGGUCACCCUACGUGUCGGUCAGCGGGAUGACACCCUUGGGCUGCAGGAGCGCUACUUGCCCCUGGGUUUAGAGAUUUAUGGCUGCGUGCCGCCUGCAGCUAAAAAACGCAAAGACCUGGAGCUUCUCAAAAAAGCCACGCGGCUACAAUAACCAAUGUGAACAACGCGUCUACUCAACGUGUCUACUUGCACACAAAUACACAAACACACAGCCAGCUGAUGAAUGUGAACUGCUGAACCUUUAAUUUAUUAACAGUAAUGAAGAUGUUUACCAUUGACGAGUGGAAAGAGGGUGUGAACGGGGUGACUGUUUUUGUGAUUUUGUGUGUAUGUUCGUAUGCUUUAGGGUCGCGAAGUCAAUGCACUUUCUUUUUUUUGGAGAUAAAACAACAUGCCUUAUCAGCCAAAGUUUUCCGAAGUAGCUUUACGUUAACUUUCCCAAAAUAUUUUUUAUUAUGCAGCAAAUGGAAAAAAAUAAACUGUUGUUCACUGGGGACACAACAUAAUGGAUUAGACACACGCAGUCCCGGAGAAAAUCAUGAAAAUAAAUAGCGUUUUCUAUGAAAUGAGACAUUUGAGUGGAGCUGAAAAUUAAAUGGGCAACUGAGAAUCAAACAUCGAUAUUAAGCCAAAGCCGGACAUGGUGUGAUAAAUCAGAGCCAGCGGGUUAUCCUGCGUUAGUCAGUAGAAUGGCAAAAUCUAAUAACAAGCCAUAUUCGUAUUGAUAUUUUCAGUCAUAUAGUGAUGAACCGUAGUGGGUAGUCAGAUUAAUCGGGCUGUUUUGCUUUUCUGUCAGAACUGCCAUUAAAUAGGUAAGGCCUUUUCCCACCUAUUCAGCAUCUGCACCAACCGGAUCUUCUUCUAGAGAAACCUCUGAUCAUCGUGCAGCUGUACAACUAUAGACUUCAAGCACCUUUUUGUGGAUUCCUACACGGACUUACUGGAUCUCAGAUUUUAUUUAUCUUUUUUCCCACUGUUGGGCUCCUACCUGCAGAACAAGUAGAAAUUGUAUUUCUUUUGUUUGUUUCCUUGUUUGCUUUCUGAAACGGAAUUGAAUUGAAUGUUUGUGCGUGUGUCUUCUGUCUGCCUCAUUCAUGAGCUUUAUGUGCGUGUCGUUGUCAAAUGGCAACGUUGAGAUUUAAUAACCGGAAGCCUUUUUUUGUACUCAGUGCAGUAGUGAGCAGCCGAUGUAUUCCGACCUGCUGAGAGAUAGACGGCUCUACUUUGGGACUACGUAUUCUUUUAGUGCAUGUCUGGAUGUGAGCAGGGCUCCCCCACUGAGCAGCGAUAAGCAUCUUUUUCUGAUUGUGUGGUUCUGACUGACCGAUCACGUGAGAUGGAGGGAGGACAAUGACCUUGUUGCCUUUGAACCACUCUACUGUUAAAGAGCAGAAUAAUGAGAUGUCUCCACCUUUAACCUUUUGUUCAUGUGAUACUUUGAAGAUGCACAACCAGUUUGUACUUUUUUUUAUUAUUACAAAUUGUGUAAAUAUGGUGUCGACUGUCUGUAGACCAACUUCUCUGUGUUGUAUGUAUGUGGAGUGUUUUUUUUCUCGGUUUCUAGAGAUUAGGACUUUUUAAAAAAAUAUUUUGACAUGAAAAUUCAGUAUUGGCCAUGAAAUUACAGAUUGAGUACUCUUCAUUAUUUGUAAUUCGAUCUAAUCUUUUAUUUAGAUGCUUAGAGAAAGAAUUACCUGUCAUUACAAGUGCAAAUGCUUUUAUGUUUGGAAUUGCUGGAAUAAACUGGUAAAAUGGUUAAGUC